CCUACAUGAGUCCUACUAGUCUAUCUAUUGAGUAACUUUCACUUUCAACGUCACUCCGUUAACCGCUUUCCAUGACGCUACAGUUACUACGCGUCAUACGUAAUUCAUUUGCAUUUCGUUCAGAAAAUUGCAUUAAUUUUAAUCGCCAUUGCAAGUUGUUACGAACGAGCGAAUACCGUUAUUCGGAGUGGGGGCAGAGAGUAGGACGCGCGCGGGGGGCACGUAUCGGAGGUGCGGGAGCGCGGCGAGUUCACUCUGUCACUCGGUCAUUACGGUAUUUUUCUGUAACGCGUCCCACAUUUACGAUCGUGAAAGAAAAAGUGACAAUGCCCGAAAACAAACCGUUUCAACGCCUUCCGAAGAAUGUCGUACCUAAACAUUACGAUCUAGAACUGGUGCCAGAUCUCGAGAAACUAACGUUUACGGGAAAGACGGCAGUGAAAGUAUCGAUCGUCAAUCCUACCAAAGAGAUAGUGCUCAACUGUUUGGACUUGGAUUUGAAGACCGUUAAGUUACAGUUCGAGAAUGGAGAAGCUCUGUCGCCGGUGGAAGUGCGGCUCAGCGCAGCCGAAGAGACGGCCACGAUCGCGUUCGCGGAGACGCUGCCGGCCGGCGAUGCCGCUCUGCAGUGCGAGUUCACUGGCGAGAUCAAUGACAAGAUGAAGGGGCUGUACCGCAGCAAGUACCUGACGCCGAGCGGCGAGGAGCGCCACGCGGCCGUCACGCAAUUCGAGGCGACGGACGCGCGCCGCUGCUUCCCGUGCUGGGACGAACCGGCCAUCAAGGCCACCUUCGACAUUUCCCUGCGCGUUCCCGCCGACCGUGUCGCUCUCUCUAACAUGCCCGUGAAGGAGGAACAGAUAACUGACAACACGCGAUUCGUGAGGUUCGACACAACUCCAAUCAUGUCCACGUAUCUGGUAGCUGUUGUAGUGGGCGAGUAUGACUAUGUGGAAAAGACAUCGCGCGACGGCGUCUUGGUGCGCGUGUACACGCCUGUGGGCAAAAGCAAGCAGGGCAUGUUCGCACUGGAAGUGGCAGCCCGGGUACUGCCUUACUACAAGGAGUACUUCGACAUAGCCUAUCCAUUGCCUAAAAUUGAUCUGAUUGCUAUAGCAGAUUUUUCAGCCGGUGCUAUGGAAAACUGGGGUUUAGUGACAUACAGAGAGACAUGCUUGUUGGUGGAUGAGGAACACACAUCUGCUGUGAGACGGCAGUGGAUAGCCCUUGUAGUUGGUCAUGAGUUGGCUCAUCAGUGGUUUGGCAACCUGGUCACUAUGGAAUGGUGGACUCAUCUCUGGUUGAACGAGGGUUACGCUUCAUUUGUGGAAUUCUUGUGUGUCAACCAUCUGUUCCCUGAGUAUGAUAUUUGGACUCAGUUUGUUACUGAAACUUACAUCAGGGCUUUAGAGUUAGAUUGUUUGAAAAACUCACACCCCAUUGAAGUGCCAGUAGGCCACCCAUCUGAGAUUGAUGAGAUAUUUGAUGACAUCUCAUACAACAAGGGUGCUUCUGUCAUUCGCAUGCUGCACAGAUAUAUUGGUGAUGAUGAUUUCCGUAAAGGAAUGAACAUCUACCUUACUAGACAUCAGUACAAAAAUACUUUUACUGAAGACCUAUGGGCUGCUUUGGAGGAAGCAUCAAACAAGCCUGUUGGGGAUGUGAUGUCCACAUGGACUAAGCAGAUGGGUUUCCCAGUUGUACAGGUAAACUCGACACAAAGGGGCAAUGAUCGCGUGUUGACGCUGACUCAGCAGAAAUUUACCGCGGACGGUAGCCAGGACCCUCAUGAUAUCCUAUGGAUGGUGCCUAUUACUAUUUCUACACAGGAGUUUCCUUCUAAGGUGGCAUUGUCUACAGUUUUGGAAAAACGAACCCAAGAAGUUGUCCUAGAAAAUGUUUCAGAGUCUUCAUGGGUUAAAUUAAACCCUGGCACAGUGGGUUACUACCGGACUCGGUAUGAGGCCGGCAUGCUGGCGCAGCUGGUGGGCGCGGUGCGCGACGGCUCGCUGCCACCGCUCGACCGGCUCGGGCUGCUCGACGACUGCUUCGCGCUGGUGCAGGCCGGACACACGCACACGCACGAGUCCCUGAAACUCAUGGAGGCAUUCAACAACGAGAACAACUUCACCGUCUGGUCGUCAAUCUCCAACUGCAUGUCCAAACUGAGCGCGCUGUUCUCCCACACGGCACUAGACAAGCCGCUUAAGAACUAUGGGCGGCAGCUGUUCGGGCCGGUCACUAAGCGCCUGGGCUGGGACGCGGAGGAUAAGGAGAGUCAUCUGGACACCCUGUUGAGGAGUCUCGUGCUUAACAAAAUGAUUAGCUUCGAGGACCCGGACACCAUCAAGGAGGCUAAGAAUCGAUUCGAGAAACACGUAUCGGGCGCGGCGACAUUACCAGCGGACCUGCGCUCGGCGUGCUACCGCGCCGUGCUCGCGGACGCGGACGAGGCCACAUUCCAGCGGUUCCUGGAGCUGUACCGCUCUGCAGACCUGCACGAGGAGAAGGACCGCAUCAGCCGCGCACUGGGAGCGGUCAAGGACCCGGAGCUUCUGAAGCGUGUGCUGGACUUUGCCGUCUCGGAUGAAGUGCGCGCCCAAGACACAGUGUUCGUGAUCGUGUCGGUGGCAGUCAGCAGGAACGGCCGCGAUCUUGCGUGGCAGUUCUUCAAGGACCACUGGCAGGACUUCAUGGAUCGCUACCAGGGCGGCUUCCUCCUGGCGCGACUAGUGAAGUCUACCACCGAGAACUUUGCCUCUGAGUCGGCCGCUCAAGAAAUAGACGAGUUCUUCCGCACACACCACUCGCCCGGCACCGAGCGCUCCGUGCAGCAGGCGCUGGAGACCGUGCGGCUCAACGCGGCCUGGCUGCGCCGCGACCUCGCCUCCACCACCACCUAUCUGCAGUCCUACCACUGACGGACCAAAUGACACAAGACUGAAACUACAACGAAGUCCAGUUAACGUUUCAAUAGAUCUUUAUCCACUGAGCUGCUAGCAUUUUGAGUUAUUUAUUUUCCAGUGACAUCGUUAUAUGUUAACCGUGACAUUGUAAAAGAGUAUUUUAAAUGUUGUUAAUAUGUUUAUCGUAUUUUAAACCUAAUAUAGUGAAUUACAUUAAACAGCAGUAACAGGUGGGACAUAAUAGGAAUGAAGUAGUAUGUUUCAAUUUGUUGUUUUAUAAUAUUCCUGUCUGUUCAUUUCAUUUGUUUCUAAAAACUAUACGAGCACUUUCGAUCGCCAUGUCAAAUCUAGAAGCUUAGUCUAACUAAUUAAUAAUAUCGUAAAUUUAUAGGUCUUAACUAUCCUUACCUUUUACGAAGUAUACUGCAAAAAAGCUGGGGUAGAAAAUAUUUACUCACAAGUUUGCUAUAAACUUGAGUACGCUUUGAUUUAGACCGGGAUUAGGUACACUGAAAACGCAUACAUGGCAGUCUGUUAUCAAAAGGGUAUUGAGCAUGUUAGAAAAAAAAUCUGUUAUGCAUUUAGACCGAUUGUGCUCGCUAAAAUUCGCAUUUAUGUUAGUACAAUGAUGACACUAGUCACAUGCACCUAACUAGAUUUCCGCAGCGCAAAGGAGCUAAGACAAGUCUUAUCAUAAACUAACAAACACGGCCCAUUGUUCACUUCAAUACUCUGCAGAGUUUUAAUGGUCUAUUGUUAGAGAAGCUAUACUUACAGGAUUUAACAUGUAUUAUAAUGUGUAAAAUAUUAUUUUAAUUUAUGUUUAGAUUAUGUUACGAGUUUUGUAAUAUUGGUGCUGAGAGCAUUAUUUUUGUUUUAUUUCUUUAUUCUGGGGAAAGUACAAUUUGUUUCUAACAUUAGUGUAAACUGUAUACUGACAACAAACCGUAGCUUAGUAGCGUAUUUAAUUUAAUUUACCAGUGUGCAAUAGUUUCUUACGCCCACCACAUAAGUACCAGUCGACUUGCACACGCAUAUAAUUUUAAUUAAGUACCUACAUUUAGCAAAUUAAUCGUUUAGGGGCGUGCAAGUUCAGUCAAAAUUUUUGUGAUCUUAAAAUAAUGAAAUGAAGUUACCAUCGUUUAUUAGUGUCUUAUCGCUGUCAUUGCUGAAUUGUUUUGUAAGACUGUGUUAUUGCAAUAAAUGGUACAAGAACAUAA